GCACGCAAAUGCAAGGGUCCGGUCAAGGGAGUCCGCCGCUAUCAGGACUCGAAGGACAAGUCAUCUACGUCGAACCUGAAGACACAUGCCAUUGGCUGCUGGGGUAAGGCGGCUGUUGAUGACGCGCUUACCGGGAAGGUCCCUCGCUUGCGAGAGAAUGCAAUACAUGUGGCGUUUGCGAAGGCUUCUGGGCUUACGGUCGAUCACUCGGUCCAGUUCUCUCACUGGAAUCACAGUAACGCUGAACUCAUGUCGACCGGUCGACCCAAUAUCGAGAUACCCUCACCGAAGACAGUCUCGCGCGACAUCAAGGCUGCUUUCGCACACUGCCGCGAGUGUAUCAAGAAGAUCUUGACGGACCAUCCGGGACGAGUCCACUUCGCUACCGAUGCAUGGACAUCCCCAAAUCAUCGAGCCUUCGUCGCAUGGACUGUCCAUUUUGAAUUUCAGGGCGCCCCAUUAUUGUUUCUCCUCGACAUUGUCGAAGUGCCGGAGGUC